UUCCUUCCGGGUUGCAGCCRCCGCCUCCUCCGUUCCCGUGUCCUGGGCCAUGGGGGCGGCUGCCGGCGGGGCCGCCCAUGACGGGGCUGUGGCCGCAGCGCCGCUGGAGYCCGGGCGCGGGCUGUCCCUGCCCCGGGGCGCUGGGAGCUCCGCCGCAUCCCAGGACAAGCUCUUCUUAAUCAAAGGUGGACUUUUUCUAGGUACUGUUGCUACAGCAGGAAUGAUAGCAGGUUUUGGCACCACGCUUGCAAUGACAAAAAAGAAGAACCCAGACUGGUUCAGUAAGGGUAUUACUGCCACAGCUGCACUACCAGAGAGUGGUUCAUCACUGGCCUUACGAGCCCUGGGAUGGGGCUCACUCUACGCAUGGUGCGGAGUUGGAUUGCUGAGUUUUGCCAUCUGGAAGGCUCUGGGYGUGCACAGUAUGAAAGAAUUUCGAACUAAAAUGCAGUCAAUCUUUCCAGCAAUUCCUAAAAGUAGUGAGUCCUCUGUUGAAUGGGAAAACUUACUUAAAUCCAAGUGAAAGACUCAGAGCCAUUUGGAGAAUGCCUCUUUCAGCAAGAACAGGAGCAGAAGUAGAAGAAGUGUCCCCUCUGAUUAACAAAGAAGACUGAGACUGAACAAGUGCAGUGAGCCUGGGAAAGCCAGUUAACAUCUAGCAGCAAGGAAAUUCAAACCAAACCAAUUUAUACUGUACAGUUCAGCAUGUUUGGUAUAGUGAGAAAAYGAACCCUCCAAGUUGGAUUCAACUGGAAAAAAAGACUUUUUUGAAGGCUUACAGAAGAAACGGAUCUUGAUUARUAAAUAUAUGGACAUAAUCCCAGUAAACUCCUGUGCCAUCCUGCAUUUCAAGAAUAYAAAAUUUCUCUAGGAAACAAGAACAGACUUUCAGUGGCUUGUCCUAUUAGGAAUAUAACUAUAGAGUCAAUCAUAACAGAUCUCUUWCUGAGCCUGAGGAUAAAGUUUAUAGUGCACUCUUCAAAAAUAAAGAAGUUAUUUAAAUUUGCAACAGAGAAAGUAUACCAACUAUUUUAUAUGUCUGAAUGGUGAGUUUAGAACGCAAUAUGCAAGUAGUUACCUAUGAGCUCCUCUGCAGAGCAUCAGAAGAGAUCUUUACAAAGUUCACUGUUCCCUCGGUAUUAACUUUUUAAAUAUUGGCUCCCACAAUAAUGAAUCUUAUAGUUUAUAUAAAAGACUUUACUAUAUUUGUAUAUAAUUUCAAAUUGUAAGUGGAAAAGGUAUAAAAUAGACACCCAGUCAGUCCUACACAAAUGUUUACAGCUAAGAAGGUGCAUGGGCAGGACUAACUUUGUGUGUUCCAGUCAUUUCUGUGGCUCUUCUACGAGGAGAAGCAAUGUGACAUUUUCCACACUGCAGUAAUCUCAUGAAAUGUGGGUGUAAACUAGAAAGAGUGAUGUCUUACUCAAAUGUAUUUGCAGAACUGAAGACCUGUAAAACUGCAGAAAUAAAAUGUGCUAUCAKAGAACAAUCCUUUGUUGCUCAAUUAUCAAAUUUUCUUAUUAAUUUCACACAGUCCAGUUAGUCAGUUGUCAGAUUUAAUAAAGUCCUCUUAAAACCUGUCUUUUGUGAUUUAAGUCUUUAUAUUUCUAAGAAAGAAAAAAGCUCUAAAUGUCAAAUGAAUAAUAGAGAAGUAUGGUUUUCCUAUGAAACAUGACACUAAAAUAAUAGCUUUAAAACAAUUGAAGUGUAAUGGUUGACGUCUUUUCCAGAGCUUGAUACUUGUAAUUCAGUAUUAAAUAAUUUGUGGUGAAUACUGCCAUCAUACACACAUGAAAAAUGGUACUAUUUCCAUAUUUCUGUUUAUUUCAUGUGAGUGGUGAUACCUGCUUUGCCUACAUUUAAGCUUAUUAGUGCUGAGUUGCCAAGUUUAACAAGUAGCUGUGUCAUUAUAGCUGGUCAAAUACUGAAGUAAACUAAAUAAAUGCAAAUAGCACAAUGUCCUUCAGAUUACUUUCAGUUUCUAAGGUGGRGCUUUGGGUCAUCUUUCUCUAUUUAAAUAACUCACCUAAAUCAGUCAUCCAAAGUGCCUUGAGUGUACAACGGAGAAAGGCUGGCCAGAGAGUGGCUUGCACUGUACUAAAGCCAGUGGCUGUCCCUGGAAAUGUAGUACAAGGCAUCAGAUCUGUCCUACCUGCUGGCUGCCUCUGGAGAGAGCUGUCCUUAGCCUUGCUUACCCCCAUCAGCACGGUGACUGCACGUGGACACAGUUCAGGAGAAACUCAGAAAGAAAAUGAGUGGUCUUCUGGUACUUCAGAGCUCUGAGGUUUACGUAGGUGGUAAGUCUUGGCACAAGAGAACUGUUCCUUCUGGUAAUGGUUAGCCACUGGAUUAAUGUAGCUGUAUUAUAUAUAAAAAAAAUUCCCUUAUGACAAA